AGCCCAAAUUAAAAUCCAAAGAACGAGCCCUAUGAUUUUUCCAAUUUCAUUUAUACGUUUUCAAAUCCACACAGAUCCUCAUCUUUCUCUCUGCUUCGAGACUCUCUGGAACAUCACCAAAGCCGACUUUCAGAUCUUGGAACAACUAGGAACAAGUUUGGGCAGUCAUGGCUAAGCACCAUCCUGAUUUGAUCAUGUGCCGGAAACAGCCGGGGAUUGCAAUAGGACGAUUAUGUGAGAAGUGUGAUGGCAAGUGUGUAAUCUGUGACUCUUAUGUCCGCCCUUGCACGCUCGUGCGAGUUUGCGAUGAAUGCAACUAUGGGUCGUUUCAAGGUAGGUGUGUUAUCUGUGGAGGGGUGGGGAUAUCCGAUGCAUAUUACUGUAAGGAGUGUACUCAGCAAGAGAAAGAUCGCGAUGGUUGUCCAAAAAUUGUUAAUCUCGGGAGUGCUAAAACAGACUUAUUCUAUGAACGUAAAAAAUAUGGUUUUAAGAAAAGAUGAUUGAUGUUUACCUGCUGUGAUUAGGUCUUGCUGUGCUUAUGUCACAGGGAAUGCCGGAUUUUAGAAUAUGUUGGUAUCACAGAGAGACUUAAGCUCUUUAGAAUUAUGUUAUUUUAAGAACUGUAGUUGAUUGUACUAGGGGCCUAAUUUAUUUACACAGAAUCUGGUAUGGAAA